CAUGCUUUCGCCUCUGCUGCGUCCAUACCGCGACAAGAUGCGGACACUGGCAUGUCUAGCCCUGUUGGGCCUCACUCGCCUGAUCAGUGGAAGCUCCCCGCCGCUCAUAAUUAGCUUAGAGACAGGCUGGCCAGCUCCCCCCUUGCUCCACGAGAUCCUUGAAACAGUCUAUGACGAAUCGCCAUCUGCUUACUUUGCGCUCCUGGGUCUCCUACCGCAUGAGGAGCUCAGUCCCGAGAAAACCCUCUCGACUAUUCUCCACCUGAUAGAUUCUCACAGUCUCCUUCCAGAUCCGUCCUCACUGUCAACGCUGCAUUAUGCUCUUGGACUACACACGGCGGUGCCUCGUAUCGAAGCGUUCUACAACUGGUACGAGGCGAGCAUAGACGAGCACAGACUUGGAGUAGAGGGGUGCGGCAGCUGGGUUGAGUACAAAGGCAAGGGAUACUGUAACGCAGAGGAUUUGGACGCAGCUAUGGCCGACACAUUCUCAACCGCGAAUCCCAUGGACCUCCUGCCUUUCGAUCAUGCUAGAGAUGCUGUGGGAAUACUCUAUUAUGACCCGAGCUCGCAACCCUUCGACGUAGACCGCUUUAUUGUCCGGUAUAAACCCGCACGUCAAACCCACCAGACACCUAUGUCAGGCUAUGGCGUUGAGCUCGCUUUGAAGCGCACCGACUACCUCGUCGUGGACGACCGUCAAGCAAAGUCGCAAGGCAAGGCCACGCAGUGGACGCAUAGUGGACCGUUCGAUGACGUCCUUGGCUCUAACCCAUGGCAGGAGCUGUCAAUUCCACUGACUGCGAACGAGACCAACAAUCUCGGACUAAAAGCCGCAAGCUUGAUCAUGUCCAGCCCAGAUCCUCUCGCCGCUUUGACACAUCUCUCUCAAGACUUUCCAAAGUACUCUGCAGCCUUGGCUCGUAAAGUCAAUGUUUCAGGGCCUAUCUCAGAAGCCAUUGGCCGAAUGCUGAGCCAGCCUGUCCCGGUCAGGGGUAUCUUCAUCAACGGCAAGCUUCACGCGGAAUCGGAAAUAGACGCUUACAGUCUUCUCAACACACUCCGAACGGAACGAGACCUGGCAAAGUCCCUUGUUGACCUCGGCUUGGCACCUUCCCAGGCUAUCCAUCUCUUAACUGACUCGCUGAUUGGCCGUCAACAGACGGAGGACGACACGUCGGACGGCCUCGUUGAUGCCAGCGAUAGACACGAAGGCGGUAACGUCAUCAUAUGGUGGAACGACAUUGAGAAGGAUUCAAGGUACAAGGGAUGGUCAACAUCAAUCUCAGGAUACCUCCGACCCCUCUAUCCUGGCCAGAUGCACUCAGUGAGACGGAACACUUUCAACGCAGUCGUAAUUCUCGAUCUUUCAUAUCCUUCCUCCCUCGAAAUCAUCACCGAGCAGAUUAUCGCGGUGAUCAAGGGUGGCAUCCCGAUCAGAUUUGGUGUAGUGCCAAUGCUCUCUAACGAUGCUUCCGUGGCCAUGGCAAAUCUUCUGCAAUACUGCGUCAAAACUUUCGGUCGAGGUUACACUCGGGAGCUCCUCAUUAAGAUCCAUGCGGCGACCCCGAGGAACGCCCGAGUAUCCAUAAACACGAUGCACCAGGCGUACGAGGUUGUUUCUGCGGACUCGGACAAGGAGCAUCUUCCAUUCGAACAGGUUAUCGCAUCCGAUUCUACCGAUGAGGUUAGGCAGUACCUGUCAAGACUCGCUGCAACGACCGGGCAGGGUCACAUCUUCCUCAACGGAAAAUACAUUCCCCUCCACUCGCAAUGGAUGCAAUAUUUGUCGGGAGAACUCAUGACGCAAGUCAAUUUCCUCCAACAACAGCUCAUUGCCGAUGUGGUCACCGAUGAGAAUAUCUCGACACUGUUCUAUGACUUGCCCUCGACAUCACUCAGACGAAAUUUGCUUAUCGUCCCUAGUGCGACGGACAACAAGCUGAGGAUUGUGUCGCUAGACAAGGUCUUCCCGGCAGAAGCCUAUGAGCAGCUGAUUUAUCCAGAUCGCGAGGUUCUUGGAAGCGUCUGGAUCGUUGGCGACUUGAAUUCGGAAGAGGGACGCAAGCUGGUCAGCAAUGCUGUGACAUACCUUCAGGAUUCUGCCUCGACUGGUCUCGGUUUCUUACACACUCCAUUCCGUCGACAAGGGGUCCCAUGUUUGAUUGAUGGACUUAUCAAAUCGGGAAGACUGGGCAAGAUGUCUCCUGCAGAGCUUGCUUCGACAUUGGACGGUCUUGACGAGAAUCAAAGCUGCUCGGAUGAUACCAUCGGCCCGAAAAUCGCUGAGGCCCUCGGCAUCACAACCUCUCACCCUUACAUCCUCUACAAUGGACGCCUCGUUGGACCAGUCACAGAAGCCUUUGUCGCCGAAGACUUCGCCGCCCUGGAAGCCUACGAGAUGCGAAAGAGAGUGAAGCCAGUCUUUGAUCUACUUCAGACUAUGAUGGACACGAGUACUUACGACAAGCCCCGACUUGCCAAAGUCAUCUCCAUGGCAUCAGCAACUCUUGCCUCUGCUUAUACUUCGGCGGAUGACGGCAUCUUCACCCCAACGCCCCUCCCUCGCUCUAGAGAGUACGAGCUGGCUUCCCCUGCAUUAACCUUCUCUGUCGGGGACGAACAAGCGCUGGUUCGCAUAGCAGCGGUCCUAGAUCCCAUAUCUGAAGGCGCUCAGCGGGCUGCGUCUCUCUUGCAAACAAUGGCUGAAAUGGAUGGUGUGUCUGUGUCUGUCCAUCUGCUGCCAGCUCCUAUGAUGAGAGAGGUCCCACUCAAACGAUUCUACCGCUUUGUGUCGAGUCCCAGACUCACCUUUGAUUCUCACGGCAACCCAAUCUCGCCCGAAAUUCUUUUCGAGGAUCUCCCUUCAACGCCAAUCUUUACCCUAGCUAUGGACACACCUCCCGCGUGGAUCGUUUCUCCGCGUCAAUCCCGUCUUGAUCUCGACAAUCUUGUGACUGGCUCAGUCAGCGACUCGAUUCACGUCUUCUUCACGCUCAAGCAGCUGCUCAUCGAAGGUCAUGCCCGCGAGGCGAAUAAUGCACCGCCACGAGGUCUCCAGCUUCAGCUCACAACAGAGGGACUGCAAGUCGCCUCUGACACCCAAGUCAUGGCGAAUCUCGGUUACAUGCAAUUCAAAGCGACGCCGGGAGUCUAUCACCUUGCAAUCCGGCCUGGACGCGGAACGGAAGUCUAUGACCUUGAAAGCGUGGGCAAUGAGGGCUGGGAUAGUGCCGGGGUCAACGUUACCGGCACACGCAUCGCCCUCGCCAGCUUUGACGGAAUGACCAUCCUGCCUCGAUUCGUCAGGCGUCCUGGCAUGGAGACUGCCAAUGUGCUGGUCGAGGCACCAGUGACGGUAUCGUAUCCUCAAGCAGUGUUUUCGAGGAUGAAAGAAAUGGUCGGUCUCGCGCCCAAGCCAGCAGUCAAGAACGCAGAUAUCAACAUUUUCACGGUUGCUUCGGGAUUGCUCUACGAGCGCUUCGCGUCAAUCAUGAUUCUCAGUGUGAUGAAGCACACUACCAGCACGGUCAAAUUUUGGUUCAUCGAAAACUUCUUGUCCCCUGAGUUUCUGGAAUUCCUGCCUAAAAUGGCCGAAGAGUACAACUUUCAGUACGAAUUUGUGACAUACAAGUGGCCACGAUGGCUCCGUGCUCAGACGGAGAAGCAACGAAUCAUCUGGGCCUACAAAAUCCUUUUCCUCGACGUGUUGUUCCCCAUGAAUUUGGACAAGGUCAUAUUCGUUGAUGCUGAUCAGAUUGUCCGUGUGGAUAUGAAAGAGCUGGUCGAUGUUGACCUCCAUGAUCACGUGUAUGGAUAUCCUCCAAUGGGUAACUCGAGGGAAGAGAUGGAAGGCUUUAGGUUCUGGAAGACUGGGUACUGGCGAGAUGCGCUCCGGGGUAGACCAUAUCACAUUAGUGCGCUCUACGUGGUUGACUUGAAACGAUUCCGACAGCUCGCCACGGGUGAUCGUCUUCGAGGGCAGUAUCACGCGCUGUCUGCUGAUCCUGGAUCACUGGCCAACCUGGACCAAGACUUGCCGAACUCGAUGCAGGAUCAGAUCCCAAUCUUUACGCUUGAACAAGAUUGGCUCUGGUGUCAGACUUGGUGUGAUGAUGAGAGUCUAGCUACCGCUAAGACGAUCGACCUGUGCCAGAAUCCCUUGACAAAAGAACCCAAGCUCGUACGGGCGAGACAGAUUCCCGAAUGGGAUACAUACGAUCAAGAGAUCGCCGCAUUCGCAGCUCGGGUAUCCAAAGGUGACAUGGGACUCGCAGCUAGUGUAGAUGAUCUGGCCAGCGGUCCAGUCACUGCGGGCGAUAAAUCGGACGACCUUGCCAAGAAAGACGGGACGGGCACGCCUGACGCAUCAGAAGGAGAAUCCGGUCAUCUACCUGACGAGCUGUAGACCGGUCAUAAAUA